AUGGCACCCUUGACCACGUCGCUCGAUGUGCAGCUCAGGAGCGAGGCAGAGAAUGGCUCUGCAGCCAUAUAUAGCGGUCGUCUGGAUCAAGAGGUGAGCAGUGCAGGUCUGUUCAGCUCUCCGACUUUGCCAACGAAAAAGAGAAAAAAGAUGCGAUGGCUGCAUCCAAUUGUCCUUCGCUUACACUUGCCAAGGCCCACCUCCAAUGGCUUCAUGCAGUGGACGAUAGGCUCGGUGCCCAAUGGAGGCUACUCUUUGUCCGCCAUCAUCAAUGCAGCUCAAGCAUUCCAAAGGAGCGAGAAACAAAAGUCUGCACAUGUGGACCCAUUUCAUUGCGCUGCUACCUACCUGGCUGCUGCUCAAGCCGGAUCUCACGAGGUGCACUUGACGGUACUCAAAAAGGGCAGAGGCUUUACCAACCUCGAAGGCAAGCUCGUGCAGCGUGUAAGUCGCAGGCGGGCAAGAAUGCAUGAUUCGUUUGGGGAGUGCAGUCUUGAGCUGAGCUGCACGUAUCUGUAUGCGAUCUGCUUCUGCUGCUACAGGCUAAAGAUGGCAAAAAUACGACGCGCAUCGUCCCGCACCUCAUCAUGACAUCCUUUGCCGCUCGAGAAUCUGAUCGCUCUCUGGACAGGUACACCAUCCGACCUGGCAACAAAUUUCACGUUUCUUGCCCCAUCAGUCCUUUUUCCCGAUGUCAAGGUCCAAGCAAAGCUUUCCAGACCGAAAAGAUGAGCAUGAGAAAUAGACUCGUUGUGUAUACGGACAAGGAGCAGAACAAGAAAGCAAGAGAGGAGGGCAGGUUGGCUUGGGGCGCUUGGAUGGAUGCUCGAAAUGAAGACGAACGGCAUAAGACGCGAGCUGGAGUCAGCAACAAUGUCGUAGCGUAAGUUGGUCAAUUGUUUGCCUUGCUGCAUGAAGCUCGAAACUCGACAGGGCUAACAAGAUUUCUGGCUUUUCUGCUUGCAGACUGUGA